AAAGUACUCUACAAUGGAUGAAUCAACUAAACAAGACUUUGAAAUGCAAGAUUAUUGUGAAUGCAAUUGUGAGGACCUUUUAGAAGAUGAUAAUGAGCACAUUAAAACGCUAAAUAAAGUCUCUCAAAUCGAAAGUUAUCUAAAAGAAAAACGUAUUUUAGAACUCAUACAUUUUAUGUUGUCAAAAGUAGUUGCAGAAGCUCCAGAAAAGCCAGUGUUAUAUCUUGAAAAACUAUUAGAUGAUUGUAUUAGCUUCGUAUUAAAUCGCUCUAAGGCACCAACUUUUUAUGAGAAUAGACAUAUAGAAGCUGUACUCAAAAGCUUUGAUCCUGGUCAAAGAGGAUGGUUAAAUGUAUGCCAAGUACGACGUCUUUAUGAAUCAUUGGGCUUAGAAAUAAAUCAAGUUGACGAAAAAGAUAAAUUUGCAGCAGAUGCUAUACUAGAAGAUAUAAAAAAUAAACAAGAGUUGGCUUUACGUGAAUUACUUAUGGCUGGUGGUAACAAAGCUAUCAUCGAUAAAAUAUAG